GGCUCAAGGGCCGUUUUGGAAAGUGGUCACGUGAUUUGGAGGAAGCUCGCAGCUCGGAGGAGAAACUUACCCCCAUAAAACUUCAGCUUCACUCCUGCAGGAAUGUCACCGUGGUUUGUAUUAACGAAACCAGACGUUUACAAGACUCAGAGUGUGAAUUAAAGCAGCUGACGACACCCGCGUCGCACCGCGUUUCUCUCAGAGUCACGUCAGUAAGGCAGGAGAGAAGCUUGGUGAAAGAGGAUGGAUGGAGUCAGCUGGAGCACCACAAGGGCCCAGGAGUCAUUCAGCCGCUCCCAGACCGCAGCAGACACACUGUCCAGGCUCGCCAGCUUCAUUGCACGGACUGAGACAAAACAGCACACACGAAACCAAAGGCAGCAAUCCCACCUUUCCAUGUAUGUUUGUCAAGAAUGUGGUAAGGGCUUUCCUUUUGCAACAGAUCUGUUGCACCACCAGGAACUAAAACACACAUUACCCAAGCCUCACCGUUGUCCCUCCUGCGGGCUGGAGUUCUCCCUGAGGUCAUCCUUACAGCUUCAUGAGUGUGAUCAUGAUUCCUCCCAGUGUGAGCUCUGUCAUGGAGAGUCACGGCUUGGUUCUCCGUGCCCUGCAUGUACGACCUCAGAUCCUGGCAAGUCACCUCACCUCCUGGACAGUAGCCCUUAUGCAUGUGCCCCAUGUGGGAGAGGCUUCAGCCAGAAGCAGGCUCUGCUGCACCAUCAGCAGGCUGGUUGUAGUGAGCCACCAUCCCCAUCAGAUGUAGUUGAUGCCAGUAGCCUUCCAGAUGAUUCUCCGCCAGUUUCUGAGGGAGACUCCACUCGCUCCGAUUCUUCAGACACCCCAGGGCCCAGCAGCAGAGCUUUCAAUGUCUGCCAGUUCUGUUCGAGGACCUUCCGCACCGAGGUUGGACUGCAACGCCAUGUACAGACCAACCAUGCAGAGGAGCAGGCUCCACAGGGGCAAAAGACCAAAGGAGAAGGUGCUAGUGGAGAAUUAAGGAAAGGAGGGAUUAGCAACGUGAAUGGAGAACCAAUUAAAAGUCCAAAAUCCAAACAGAAGCAUCUAAGUUGUCGCUCUUGUGACAUGGUUUUCAGGAGCACCUCUAAGCUGUACCUGCACAGAAAAGAGAAGCACAGCAGAGAGAAAAAUGUUGGGAGGGAAACCAGGCCAGUCGUUAUUAAGCGCAGGAGAGGAGGCGUGUAUCCAUGUCAGGUCUGCGGAAAAGUCUUCGUCCAUCAUUUGUCACUUAGGGCACAUUUCAGACAGCACACAGCCUCAAGUUUCACCACAAUCAAAGACAAAGGCCAGUCUGUGGGAUGUACCACCAAAGACUCCAGCUUAUCGGAAAAUAGACCAAAUAAAGUAAAGACCAGCAUAGGAGGUGACAAGACUGUUAAGGCUGGUCGAGGGAGGCCCAGGAAGGUGGCCAGAUUAGCUAACAAGGUUACUGAUCCUGAAAGAUGCAGAGAUGUGCCUGAAGUGGAGGAGAUGGAGGAGAGAGAGUUCCCGUGCCCCUCCUGUGCUGAGGUUUUUUCGCUGCAGUCGCAGCUAAGGGAGCACGUGGAGCUCCACCAGUCGUCCGUGAAGAGGAGACAGUGCUGCGUGUGCACAAACGAGAUGGACACCUGUAAAUGGCCCGGCUCGAAGCGGCAGAGGCUGUACCACUGUGUGCCCUGCCAGCAGGGCUUCUCGGCACUGGACUCUUUCCUAGAACACUGUCAGGAGCACCUGCGAGUCAGGGUGGAGGAGGACAGCGUCACAGAGGGCUACACACACCAGGCCAGCAAAGCCUGAGAUUCAGUUUGAAUGUCAUCAGCGACUGCCUUGUUGCCUUGAGGCGUUGGAGAGCGGAGAGUAAUGACAUCUUUAAUAAAUUCUUGUUGAUUAAUCAGGUCAUUGAUUGAGCAUUUUUAUACCUACGCUGUUGCUUUAAUGGUAUCCAUAGCAACAUAUGAACGGUUAAAGGACCAUACUGGAGUUUUUGCAUUUUCUGUUCAGCCCUUUUACUAUAAAUCCAAUAUACGUUACUGCCAGCCUUUUUCCAAAGUGUGACACAGUUCUUUUCAGAUUCUCACCUUUUUGUUCAUUUUUAGGCAGCGACUUGUUCCUUUAAAUCAGUUCCAUCACAGUGGCCAUUUAGCUGGUUAACCUUUUAAGGUCAUCACUUGCAAGUUAAUACAUUUGAACAUUUUUGUGUUCAUGUGCUUAUGAGAUGUUCCACCUUCUCAGAUUUGAGUCACUUACAGAGCAGCAUUUCAAAAAGGAUCAUGUUUAUGUUGAAAAUAGAAGAUAUAUUGGAGUAUCCCACAAGUAUUUAUGUGCAGCAACCAGUAAAGAACACUCAUCAAGUUAUUCAUUAUUUCACCUUUAUUACAACAUAAAGAAAUUGCAACUUUGACUUAAAGCUGGAGUGUGGGAUUUUUACAUUUACAAGAACAGCUACCAAAUUCGAGCCCUCUCCAAACAAGUUCACAUAAUGCGGAUUAAUCUAAUGACCGCCCGGUAAAUAUCUCUAAACUGUGUUAGUGGCCACGCUCCCUCGUUUGCCAGAGUAGCGACAGCCACAGCUCAGUAUGGCAGAUCCUGUACAUCAUAAGCAUGUUUCCACAGUAUUUUACUGUAUUUACUCUCAAGGGGGGAGACAAACGUUCCACACUGCAGGUUUAACAUAAGUCUGUUGAAAGUUUAACGAAAUAGAUUGAAACUUGUGGCAGUUGAAAACCAAAACAUGCAAAAACAGCAGUAUGCUUCCUUUAACAGAGUUUGGCAUAUCAUUUCACUAUCAUUAACACGCCACUACAAAACAAGGCCUCGUUACCUAAAAAGAUCUUAAAGCUAAGAAGAUCUUAGCCCAGGUACCGACAAUAGGAUCAAGAUCAUCUUACCUGAAGGAGGCCAUCUGCACAACCACCACCGUUCUGCCAGAGAUAUCUUGUUCGCUAGAGUCUGUUUUACAGCAGACACCUGUAGAGCUUUAGUUAACUACUGUCAGAUGUGUCAGAUGCUGCAUUUUAGUUCUUUUUCUUAUAAUUUUGGCAGGAACUCUGGUGCCAUGGUAGUCCCAUGGUAUGAGUGAAAUCACUUGUUUUGAGCGCUUUUAUGUGUUUGGAGGUUCUGACAUAAGUAGUACUUAUUAAUCCAUAGAUUGAACAAACCCAAUGGCUGUCAUGGAUAGUAAUACCCAAUACAAUGCCCUUCAUUAUGUCUCUUUAGCUGGCAGGUACUCGGGUGAUAUUACAUUGCUAUGCAAACAGACUGAUGCUCCCCUCAGUAUGGCUGUGAUGCUUGAUAAGUGCGCUUUGGUGAAUCGACUAGGAUCAACAUGAGUAUUUUUUUUAUGUGUUUUUUUCUAAAGGAUUUUCAGCUACUGUUUUCAAAGUGCUACUGUGAAAAUGUAGGAAAUGAUUAAAUAGGUUUUGAAGCUUCCACUUUUCCGAGAUCUUUUGUAAAUCAGUUUGUGGCUCUUUAUAGAUAACAUAAUUAAAACUUAAUACAAAGAGA